AUGCCGACUCUGCACCCUCUGCACAAUCAAGUCUCCUCGACCCUCCAAACACGGCACAACAUCCCCGUCAACCCGCAAUGGCUCGACACAUUCCUCACGUCGCGGGGGCCGAACCCGCCGCCCCUCCCGGCCCUCGUAUCGACCGCGCACUUCCGCAUCCUGGCCAGCGACAUCACGACCACGGUGUCGCCGACAAGCCCUGGGGAGGCCUUCCCGGAAGACAUCAGCGACGUCAACGUCAAAGAACGACGACUCCCAGGCACGGUCAUCGCCCAGGUCCUCGACGUUCUGGACGUGGGCAGCAGCAAGUGGAGCCAGGUCGAGGCGAUCGAGCGGGUCGAGCGGGGCGAGGAGGUCCGCGGACGCGAAGUCAUCAGGACGGUCCACGGCCUCGGGAGUGACAAUAACAACGACGGCGAUGCCCUCGGCGGAGUCAACGGCACCGCCGCUCCAAUUCCGUCGUCCGCGAGCAAACCCCUCAGCGUCGGCCCGCACAAGCUCCUCGUCCAAGACGCCCGCGGCACCAAAGUGCUGGCCUUCGAGCUGGUCAAGGUCCCCAAGAUCGGGCUGUUUACACCCGCAUCGGCGGCCCUCCCAGCUUCAGCGCGCAAUCAAUCCGGCGGCGGCACGGCACCGACGAUCUCCAUCGAAGACCCCGGACUGUUGAUCGGGUGCAAAGUCCUCCUCAGGCCGGAUACGGUCGUGAGGCGAGGCAUGGUCUUGCUGACGCCCGAGACCUGCGUGGUGCUCGGUGGCAAGGUCGAGGCCUGGGACAGGAAAUGGAAGGAGGACAGGAAACAGAGAUUGAUCGCGCUGGUGAGGGAGGAAAAUGCCGCUCGGGGUGGUGGUUAA